AUGGCUACCGCUUUCGAAACGCAACCGCUGGUUGCAUCAACCUCAGAUACCUCCGAUCCAGCUCCCGUCAAGCUCGAAACAAGCACGAGUCCGACCGGCGCCCAAGUCACUGUCAUUCGCGACGCCAAGGGUAACCUUCUUUACCCUUCCCAUGUUCCCCCUGAAACCCAGUCACCGAGUUUCUCCCCAGCCAUUCCCCCCACGUCGCAGAACAAAAAGCAAGACCAAGCGAACCCGAUAGACAAAGUCUCAGAAUCGCCAGGACUGCGAAAAACCCAUACCGAACCCAUCAAGCGACCCAUGAACAAACAAUGGCAGACCGAGGCACCGAAACAAACCAAUAGACAAGACUCCUUCGCCGUACCGGCUAUGAAGCGCGCCGGGACCAACACAUCUCGGUGGGAUCCCAGGGCACUGCCCGCCUUUGGCGACAACUCGGAUUCCAGUAGCGAGUCCUCGUCGGAUGAAGAAGAGCAUGCCCCUGGCCACAAAAAGCCCCUCUUUCGAAAGAAACAAGCCGACAAAAAACAGCAUGAACGACACGGCCACUUUGGUAAAUUCAAUGUUGGAAAUGAAAACUACAGGACGACGGGCAGGGUCUCCAAGCGUGAUGGUCGCCUCAACAUCUCGGUCAACGACACGAGCAGUACGGGUUAUCUAGCAAAGGCCCUGGGAAUGGCAGCCAAGAAGGUGAUGCCGGCAAGGGGCGAAGAUUCCAACAAGAACGCUGAGCAAACCAGAAAGCCUUCGGUCGGGUCGCGACUCUCCACGGCCUCAACUACUGCCGGUCCAGACAAGAUUUCCUGCCCAAAGCUAAAUAUUGUCAUUAUGGUCAUCGGUUCCCGCGGCGAUGCGCAACCCUUCUUGAAGAUUGGAAAGGUUCUGAAAGAGCAAUACGGCCAUCGCGUGCGUAUCGCUACACACCCCGCCUUUCGCGACUUUGUCGAGAAGGAUUCCGGCCUCGAGUUCUUUUCCGUCGGCGGCGAUCCAGCAGAGCUCAUGAGCUUCAUGGUCAAGAAUCCCGGUAUGAUCCCGACUCUGGAAUCAGUAAAAGCUGGCGACAUCGGAAAGCGACGUGCCGCCAUGGCGGGCAUGUUUCAAGGUUUCUGGCGAGCUUGCAUAAAUGCCACCGAUGACGAGCGGGAUGUUCACAACCUCAAGAUGAUGGGACGCAUGGACCCCUUUGUAGCCGAUGCCAUCAUCGCCAACCCUCCCAGCUUUGCCCAUAUCCACUGCGCCGAGGCGCUGGGUAUUCCCGUCCAUUUGAUGUUUACCUUCCCAUAUACCCCCACCCAAGCGUUUCCCCAUCCACUCGCCAGCAUCAAAAAGUCCAAUGUCGACCCCGGCUAUACGAACUGGAUCUCCUAUCCUCUAGUGGAGAUGAUGGUUUGGCAAGGUCUCGGCGAUUUGGUCAAUGACUUCCGCGUCAAGACACUCGGUCUCGAUCCCGUUUCUACCCUCUGGGCCCCCGGUGCUACCUACCGUCUGCACGUCCCAUUCAGCUACCUCUGGAGUCCCGGUAUUGUCGCCAAGCCCGAGGACUGGGGCGACGAGAUUGACGUAUCCGGCUUUGUCUUCCUCGAGCUGGCUUCCACCUUCCAACCUCCCGAUGACCUAGUUAAAUUCCUCGAAGCAGGCGAGGCCCCUGUUUACAUCGGCUUCGGAUCCAUCGUCGUUGACGACGCAGACAGGUUCACGCAGAUGAUCUUCGAUGCCGUCAAGCUAGCCGGUGUGCGCGCCCUCGUCUCCAAAGGCUGGGGUGGUCUUGGUGGCGACAGUCUCGACGUUCCCGAGAACAUCUACAUGCUCGACAACACACCGCACGACUGGCUCUUUCCCCGGGUGCGCGCCUGCGUGAUUCACGGUGGUGCAGGCACCACUGCUAUUGCGCUCAAGUGUGGCAAGCCGACCAUGAUUGUGCCCUUCUUUGGCGACCAGCAUUUCUGGGGUGCCAUGGUGAGUAACUCCAAGGCUGGCCCGGAGCCUGUGCCGUACAAGAGUCUGACGGCGGAGAAACUCGCCGACGGAAUCAAGUACUGUCUCACCGACGAGGCUGUGAAAGCCGUGGAGGAGAUUGCUCAUCGGAUCAGUGAGGAAGGCGAUGGUGCCGAGAAUGCUUGCAAGGCGUUCCACAAGGGCUUGAUGCUCCAUGGUGACCGGUCGAUGCGGUGCUCAAUUCUGAGAGAUAAGGUGGCAGUCUGGCAAGUCAAGGGGAGCCCGACAGGUUUGAAGCUGAGUGCCAUGGCUGCGGACCUCGCGGUCGAGAAGAGACUCACCUCGUGGAAGAACUUGAGGCUGCUGCGUCAUGUCGAGUGGAAUGACUUUGAAGGACCUGGUGAGCCGGUGACGGGCGUGGCUGGCACGGUUGUCUCGACGGUAGGCGAUGUGUUUUCGGGAAUCGGUGGAGUGCCAAUCAGGCUGGGCAAGAAGGCCAAGCAGAGGAAGGUCAAGAAGCAAGAGAAGAGGGAAAGGCGGGAGAAGAAGUUGAAGGCCCGAGAGGCUAGAUUGGAGGAGAAGGGGAAGGCCAAGGAGAAGGAUAACUCAGCAGUCAAUGGCGAGAAGGUGGACAAGCCGUCUGAGCAGCAAAAUGGAACCAUCCAAAAAGUCGAAACCAAAGAUCACGCCGCCGCCGCCGCCGCCGCCGAUGAUGAUAACAAGUCAGACGCCCAAUUUUCCGGUCGAUCAAGCGACUCCAAACCAGAUGACGCCACCGCUGUCGACAACAACUCCAACGAGACCACCCCCGAUUCAGGCCAAUCCCUCCCCAACAUCACCACAACAACCACCAACGCCAUCCACAACACGCGUUCCCGCUUCGACUCCCCAUCCCCCUCCCCCUCUCCAUCCCCCCUCCACGCACCCAUCCGCCCUGCAACCGACCACCGCACCGACACCAACCUAACCACCAUGACAACCACCACCAACGGCGGUGAAUCCACCACCGAUCCUGCCGAAGUCGCCGAGGAAAUCGUCCACGAAAUCGGCCAAGGCGCUAUCAAGUCCGCCUCGGCCAUCGCCCGCGCCCCCGUCGACCUCUCCAUUGCUCUCGCCCAGGGCUUCCACAACGCGCCCCGUCUGUACGGGGACGACACCGUCCGCCGCCCCACGCGCGUGACGGGGAUCAAAUCCGGUCUGAAAGCCGCAGGCCACGAGUUUGUGUUUGGGAUCUACGAUGGCUGGACGGGUCUUGUGCGGUUGCCGUAUCGUGGGUUCAAAGAAGGUGGUAUCAGCAGCAAACCCUCUGGUUCUGCUUCACGACCAGGAACAGGAACAGGCUCACAAGGAGGCAGCACCACCAACGAUAAUAACGGUGCGGGAGCAACGACGACAAAACCAGCUCCCGCGGGACGGAUGGUUGGUCUCGUUAAAGGUGUGGGCAUGGGACUAACUGGGUUCGUGCUGAAGGACAUUUCGGCGAUUAUCGGCCCGAUCGGGUAUACACUCAAGGGAGUAGUCAAACAAGCUCAGAGAGGCCGGGGACCGGCCAAAUACAUAAGGAAGGCGAGGAUCGUGCAGGGAGCAAGAGAAUUGGAAGCCGUCAGCCCCGAAGAGAGAAGAAGGAGGAUGGAGGAGGUGGUAGAAGGGUGGAAGAUUUUGAGGGAGUUGUGGGACGAGUUGCAGGAGGUUGAGAGGGGGGAUAAGGGGAGGAAGCAGAAGACGAUGAAGAACAGUAAUAGUAAUAAGCAGGCUAUAACGAACGGGAAGGCGACCAAUGGAACUCCGGUCGUGGAUGGGGUGGUGAGUAAUGGUGUGAAGAACGAGAAGGAGAGGAAGGAUAAUACGACGGAACGAAACCGAGCACGAAAGAGAUGGGUGAUGGCAAGGGGACUAGGAAGAAGAAGAAGGGUAGCGGUGCAGGGGGAAGCAUUUGAGAGCGUGGAGAUGGCGAGGAAGGCUUUGGAGGAGUUGAGGGCUUCUUCGUCGUAGUCCCGUUAUUAGAAGCGGCGGGAGCUAGAUACCUCUGGUAGGUUUUAUUGUUUUGAGUAUAUCAAGUUCUUGG